UCAGCAGCCCCGGCGGCGAGAGGGGGAUGAACCACGGACUGGAUAUCUCAUAUUUGAUCCCUGAAAGUUAUAUCAUUUGGUUCUUGUUGCACGUUUAAUACCAGUAAAUACGGUAGCAAAAAAAUACGGAUUAUCGUUCGUUCCACCGCAGAAUGGCGAGUGUGUUACGGUUCGGUGCAAGCAAACUGCUUGCUCGCAAUUCUUUGGCAGUAUUAUGUAAGCCAACAUCAGGAACCAAUGGAGCCGUAAUACAAGCGGCAUUCAUUUCUGGAAAGGCGCUGAGAGUUACAGACAAUACACGACCUCCGCCAUAUCCCUAUGAGACAAAACGAUUUACUUUGUUCGAUGCUAUAUUUGAAAACACCACUCAUAGGUUUGAUGAAAAUUCCAAAAUAAUUGUCGUGGAAGGGCCAAUCGCCUCAGGGAAAACAAAAUUUGCCAAAGCAUUGGCUGAGGAUUUAGACAUGAUUUAUCUGCCAGCUGUAACGAUGGAUGCAGAGUAUGUGAAUGAAUACGGAUAUGAUUGCCGACAGUUAGAUCCUAUUCUACCUGAGGCUUGCAAGAGCUAUGAUGUGAAAAACUUCUGCGAAAACCCUCAUCACGAGAAUUGUGCAAACUAUCAAAUCUUGAUGUACAAGCACAGGUUUUCUCAAUACGUCGAUGCCUUAGCUCACCUUUUUUCUACCGGUCAAGGUAUUAUCAUGGAGCGGUGUGUAUACUCAGAUCAUAUAUUUCUUGAGACGAUGUACAAUGCCGGAUACAUCAGCAAAGCUGCCCGACAAACCUAUUAUGAUAUUAGAACUGCUACUCAAGGUGAACUCCUGCUGCCGCAUUUAUGCAUCUACCUGGAUGUCCCUGCAGCUGCUGUCAAGGAUAAGAUUCAAAAGAGAGGAAUUCCUUACGAAGUAAAUUCUAAAGUCUUCACCAUGAACUACUUAUCUAGCAUUGAACAUAUGUACAAGCAACAAUAUUUGAAAGAACUGUCCCAGUACGCCAAUAUUUUGGUAUACGAUUGGACAGAUGAAGGCGAUGUAGAGGUCGUGAUCGAGGACAUUGAAAGAUUGAGUUUUGAUAGAACGUCCAAAGAUGAUAUGAAAUUCAGGGACUGGGAGUUCUGGAAUGAGAGUCACGUGAAUCAAACUAGGCGGGAGUACGCAGAUAACAAACUGAGAUUGCUAACGUUAUUUGACAUUGCGGAUUGCGAUGCGCCAGAGCUACAUUACAACGGAGAAGAUCAUCAAAAACUCCUUGAAGCUUGGCAAAACGCUCCUGGAAACAAAUAUAUGAAAGGUUACAAUGCAGAUCAAGGUGAUACGGGACUCCGAUGGAAAUUCUGCCCAGAUUGGCGAGAUUACAGAUCAAAGGAUUUCGAUUAGGCAGGGAACUAUGGAGAAUUCAUGUAACAGAAAUAUUUAUGGAUAGAAGUAAAAUGAUUACAUGUUAGUACUUCAAACUGAGACAGUUAUAUGUGGAGAAUUGUACAAAUCCGACUAUUACAAUAAAAAUUCUAAACACCUCAA